AUGGCGGCUACACUCGGUCUGCAAGUGCCCCAGACCCUUCCUGCAGCACUCACAAAACUUCUGUCGGUCUCGUCGCCUGAUGAUGCCGAGGCAGCAUUCAAUGCCGCUACCGAGUGGCUAGCUCUCCCCGCUGCAUGCGGUGGAAAUCUCCCUGCCGCUCCUACCCUUUCUCCGCGUUCUGCCACACAUCGCUCCGCCCUCGGUCUCUCAGCUUCCUCGUCUCCUCGACGGAAGACGCAUGAAGGAGAAGAGGUCUCUGCGAGCGAAGAGACCCGCGACGAAGAGCUUGACAAGGACGGUAGCCUUUCUGCCAGGGGGAAAUCGAUUCUCGCGACUCGGGUGUACCUCCUGUACGAUUUUCUCCUUCAACAUGUGGAGACGUCCCCAGCGCUUGCCUCUGUCGCGUGCGACAUCCUCUCCUGUCUCCUCGAAGCUUCUUCUGUGGUUCUUUGGGAGAUCCAGCGUGAGGUGCCGACACUGCGAGACGACGAGACGCGACAGAGACAAAGUCGCGCCUCCGACGCAUGCCUGAGUUCCUUAUCUGCCUCUUCUUCACCCCACAGUCCCGGCAAGGUAGAUCCUUUUCUUCUCCUCCUCUCCUGUGCUUCCAGUGCUGUUCACCGGGACACCCUGAAAGCUGCAAUGAGUUCUGCUCCUCAUUGCUUCUAUCCUCCUCCUGGCCUCCCAAAUCUCCUCGGUGUCACGAUACCUCUGCCUCUUCCCCCUGAGUCCCGCUUCCUGCCUCCCUGCUCGUCGUCCUGCUCUGCUUGUUCGCUCGCUGCAACUCCCAGUCCUUCUCCCUCCGCCGCUGGUGCUCCCUGUUCUUGCCCCGCCUCUCGUUCGCGUUCCACCUCAUGUUCGCCUCGGGCGCAUUCGCCUGGUGUGUGCUUGCCCAUCCUUGCUCUGUGUUCUGCGCUCUGUCGAAGCGCGAAGCCGAAGGAACUGUUCGUAGGUUUGUCUGGCUGUCUCGCGUCCUCUGUCCAUAUUUUGCCGGCGCUGCGCCUCCUGCUUCUCCCGAGCCUCGCGGCCUGCUGUGGCGCGACGGGGAGACGCCGGACUCAAUUCGUCGUCCAGGCCGCAUCCCUCGUGCUCCAUGCGACUGUGAAGAAGGCCUCUCGCGCGCGACAUUUGGGCCUUCACCGGCUCGCCAGCCCCGGAGCCGCCGCGACCGGAGGCGCUUCGAGCUGGGAGUUGGACGAACUGCAUGCUCCCUGUGCGUGGGCGCAGACCUUUCGGCGCCUCUACCCCCCCGCUGCCAGGGACUUUGUCUUUCCGGAAGCUGACAGUGAAGACGAAGCGGAAGAAACAGCGAAGUGGGGACUCGAGAUAAAGUCCUCUCCUGCGCCUUCCUCUCCCGGUUCGCAGCGGUUGACAGACUCAGACACGGAAACAGAGAGGGCAGAGAGAGACAGCGAAGAGAGGGAGAGAGAAGGCUCUGAACCUCUCCUUUCUGCUCGGGCUCCGAUGCCUGCUCACGUCACACUCUGUGGCCUGGUCGCCUUCGUCAGGUGUCUCUGUGUAUCCCUCGCGGCUGCGGAGCAGCGCGAAAGGACCGACGAGACGCAGCGAAGGAUUGACGAGGAGCCCACCGACCCCCGCGGCGUCGGGCCGCUGACGAUUCUCGCGGCCACACUCAGAGUCCUCGAACUGUUCACUCCGAUGCUUCCGGAUAUCCAAUUUGUCGAGUUCAGAAAACAUACUUCUUCGCUUUCUCCUUGCUCGUCUUCUCUCCACUCUCGAGCGCCGCACUCCAGCGAUGUCGACGGCUGGGCCGCAGCGAUGCAAGCUAACCGGGACGCCUUCUACGACGCGCGCAACCGAGUGUGGCAGUGCGGCUCGUCCUGCGAGUCUUCUUCUCGCGCUUCUUCUUCUCCCGCUUCGUCUCGGUCGUCUCGCUGUCUGGUUUCUCCCCUUCCGUCUUUGCUCUCGUGUCUGCAGUCGCUCGUUUGGUGUGGGGCCUUUCUGCACGAGCGUUACCGGGGAGGGCUUUUGCCUUCUCUUACAGGUUUGUUGAACACGACGGCGAUUCCAUCUCCGAAUCAGGGCGACCUGGAAGUCUCGCCGUUUUCUCUCGCUUUCUUCUCGUAUCUCCUUCUCGCGCUCCGCCUCGGUGGCUCCGCAGCUAUGCCGUCGCCGAUCUCUCAGCUCUCGCGCGCGACCAUGGCGUUUCGAGCCUCGUUUCUGCUGCUCUCGUACGCAAAUCCGCACGCUAGUGCAUCCCUCGCCGUUUGCCGAAAAGGGAACACAAACGGAACGGUUGUCGCUAAAGGCUCCGAGAAAGAACACCCCCAGGAACCCACCGACGAAAGCACGCGCUUCGCCGCCCUCGCAGCUGUCCAGACAGCUGGGCUCCCAGAGCGGCACACGUGGCUUGUCGAACGGAAAGCGGAGCAGCUCUGUCUGCUAGGAACUGAUUUCCUGUCGUUUGGCAAGCAACACGAACGCUCCAACCGCUUUCUGUCUCUCUGCGCGGGCUUCUCACCCUUCGCUUACUGGAAGCUGCUCCUCGCCCUGAUCACGUCUGGCGGCACCGCUGCGUCGACGGUGCUCUUAUCGCAGCCUCUCGGCGUCGGUAGGAAAUCCGCAAAAGGCAGGCGGAGAGAACAGCGGGCGGAAGGAGAAGAAGACGAGGCAGACGGCUCAAGGGCAACCUGUCUCUCCGCGCUGAGCGACAGACGCAGCGUAGCCGAACCAGGCCAAAGAGACCCCGAAGACGUCCAGCUUCUGUUCGAGUGCUUCAGUCAGGCAUCGCAGGUGUACGACCUGGCGACACAGGAGGACCUGUUUCUGUCUCUCAUUCGAAAACCGCCGCCGCUGCCUGAUGCCGCAGUGGGUGCAAUUCUCAUUCUGCUCAAGCGAAGGUGGACGGCGAGUGUGCUUCAUUUGUCUUGCAGUGAUAAGAUGGAGGGAGAGGCGAAGAAGACUGGAGGCGCCGGACAGGAAAGCGGCGCGGGGAAUCGAUGCGUACACGAAGCUCAGGAAAAGAGUAUCUCAACGACGUCACACCUUUACAAUGAGCCCAAGAAACCGCAGCAGGAAGUCGAUGAGAAUGCGUCGUUUUCGCCUGUCUCCCCUUCCCCUUCUGCGUGGGUAGCGUGUCUGGACUCGCCAACCCAAACAGAGAACGCAGAAAUGCUCUGGCGAGUGAUGGUGACGACACUGGUGGAUGAGGCCGAAGGGACAGUUGUGGAGAACUCGGAGAGGCUCACCACGGCCUUGAAUUGGCUCAAAUUGUGUCUGUACACUCCAGAGAAGGCGACACCAGCCUCGCCUUUCAAAGGACCCUUCGAGCAGUUCGGAGACGCCGUGCUGGCUCGAGGGCAAAGGGCGUUGGAGCGUGCGCUAGAGAAGCUAACAACGCGCGUGGAUAUCGAGCUUUCCAUUCUGUUGAGUCGCCAGAACGGGGUCGACUCCAGUCAGCAAACAAAACCGCUUUCUUGCGAGACAUCGGAGCCACAGAAUCGACAGAGCCUCCUCUGUGUGUCGGCGAAGAUGCCUUCGACAAACGGAUCGCCUUUGGAUGCCGGAGUAGAUCAGCUAGAGCUGCUGGUGCCUGCAGGGCGAGGGUCGGGUGUGUCUCAGGAAGGCGAAAACGCAGCGCAAACGCGGAAAGCGAGUGUUGAGGAAAACCUGAAACUCGCGCUUGUGCAAGUCGUGCUAGGUGAGGUACGGUGUGCCCUGCAGGCGCGGGCAGAAAGGAUGCGGCAAGCGCGAGAAGAUGCGAAAGAAAGUGAAGGAAAGGGGAAGAAAUGAAGGAUGUGGGCACUGAAAGCGAAGCAGAACUAUGCGGAGACGCUUACGCACACCCAGUCGAAGUUUGGAUGUGCGAAAGCAGAAUGGAGGGAGAGUUAGGGACCUGAACUGGACGACGAGGAAGGUGACGGCG